CGAUUACAUUAAGGGCUAUCGAUAAACAAUCAGCGUGCCCCAUUUUAUAUGCCCACCGGAAAAAACGCUUGAAAUAUCUUAUUAAAAUGUCUGCUACAAGCAAACGUCAGAAGAUCGAGAAUGCAGGAGCCAACAUAAAUCCAAAACAGAAGAAAGUCAAAGCCAAGGCCCAGGAGGAUGGCGGCUACGGAUCAGGGGAGUUCUCUUUGGAUUGGGAUGUGGACAGCUACCGCACGGAGUACGAGAGCGAGGAGCACUGGGAUCUGCGCCGCAGCUUCAUGUUGGCCCACAAGGAGCGCUUCGAGGAGGACCGCCUGGUUUGCCUGGCCCAGACGUUCGUCAAUAUGGAGUUCAUGGGCUGCAAGUAUCCCAGCGAGACGAUGCGCCUGGUGGCCGAAAUGUCAAAGGAAAUUGCGGAGGAGUUCCGGCGCAAACGCGAACAGCGCCUGAAGCGCACCUUUGUUUCGGCCUCGGACGCGGCGGAGCAGCGUGCCAAAGGGCGUCGGGCUGCAGCCGCUCCUGCAGCGGAUCCCGCAAAGGAUAGCUCAAACAGAUUCACACGAGAACGCCUGUGCUUCGGGGGCGGCGAGCCAAUCGAUCUCUUCCAGGGCCUGCGCUUCGGCCACCUCAUAUUGUAUUUGGCCGGUGGACGCAGCUGCCUGCGAAACUCUUGCACCGCUGUCAACAUGAAGUACGAGGAGCGCGCAAGCCAGGAUCAGCCAGUCAGCGACACGACAAAAUACGCCGAAGUAUUGCUAAAUGACGCGGUGAUAAGUUCGGGGCAGGGAGAGAACCUCAAGGCGGCCAAGCUGGCGGCCUUUAAGCAGGCACUGCUCCUUCUCCAGUCCCACUGCUACAGCAUUAAGCUGAAUGCCACGCGCGAGACCAUCAAGGUGGAGAAGAGCAAGAACGGCGUGAACAUCAAUGUUACCAAGGAGUCAGCCGACAGCCUGGGGGAUCCCAAAUUGGAUGCCAGCAACAAGGGCUAUCGUAUGAUGCGUCUGAUGGGCUGGGCGGGCGGCGGCUUGGGUCGCCUGAAGCAGGGGCGCGAGGAGCCAGUUGGUUACCUGCUGAAAAGCAAUCGCAAUGGCCUGGGCUCCAUAAAUCCACAGGGAAAUCUCGCUGACUACCGCAAACUGAUAGAAAACUAUGUGAAAUCGGACGACAUGCGUGACAUGCAGUUUGAGCCCACGUUUUCGAAGGAAGAACGCGCCUCUUUUCACCAGAUGGCCAGCCGAUUUGGCUUGAAAUCCAGCAGCUAUGGUACUGGUGAGACCCGCCGCCUGUUGAUCACCAAGAAGGUCAGCUAUAGUAGAAUACUCACGGAGGUUCUGUGCGGACGCAAUCCGAAGUUUUGUGAACGUUACUUUGUGCAGGUGCCCAUGCAGAAGGCCCACCUGUUUCCUGGUCACGUGGCCGGCCUGGAGUUGGAAAAUAUGUGUGAAUAGUCCAGGGUGGACACAGAAAAACUCAGCUCAUAGUACUCGUAUAUAAAGAUCUUCUUAAUUAUUAGUUUUAAGAUAAAGGAUAUUAAAAACAAGACAUGAAUUUUUAA